AUGGGUCCACGAAUUCAGCGGGUAUUUGCUCGAUGGAAAUCGUCGUACUCCGCGACGAUCCGGCUCCCGCAGACCGACUUUCCUGGACGCACCAACCAGCAGCUCGUUCAGUCGGUGUUGAUUCCGCAGAUCACCAAGGACCUGUACCGGUGGAACAAGGAGCGAGAGGUUCCCCCGUUGGAGGACGUUUUCAUUCUUCAUGACGGGCCUCCGUAUGCCAAUGGCGAUCUUCACAUUGGACAUGCGCUCAACAAGGUUCUCAAGGACAUCAUUGUGCGGUACGAGCUGCUGAACGGGAAGUAUGUCCAUUAUCGUCCUGGCUGGGACUGUCAUGGACUACCGAUCGAGCUGAAGGCCCUGGAACAGAUCGCGAGUCGCAACAAGGCCCGCAAGAAGGAGAUCAAGAAACUGCUGAAACAGGGCCCCGACGAGAGUCUGAAGGCGGAGCUGGAGCAGCUGGACUCGAAGCUUAAACCGCUCGAGAUCAUUGGUCUUUGCAAAGAGCACGCUUUAAAAACGCAGAAGUCGCAGUCGCAGCAGUUUGAGAAAAUGGGCAUUAUGGGCGACUUUGACGAGCCGUAUUUGACGCUCGAUAAGCAGUUUGUGGCUCGUCAGUUGAAGGUGUUCAAACGACUGUUUGACAAUAACCUGAUCAAGAGACAGGACAAACCUGUUUACUGGGGAUGUGAGAACGCAACGGCUCUGGCCGAGGGAGAGCUCGAGUACAACCCGCAGCAUCGGUCCACCGCCGCGUACGUCAAAUUCCCCGUUGUUGGACAGGACGUGUCGUUGUUGAUCUGGACCUCGACCCCGUGGACGCUGGCCUCCAAUAGAGCCAUCUCUGUCAACGAGAACAUGGAGUACACCAUUAUAGAGUCCAGGGGGGAUAAGUUGGUCGUUGGACGAAACCUUGUUGAGUCCCUGCGCAAGAUCGACCCGGACCUCAAGGAAACAGACGUUGUGCUACCUGGAGCUACACUUUUGGAAUACCAAUACAAAAACCCAUUAUAUUCGGGCAGCUCUGUCGAUGUGGCGUUUCCUGUUUUGCACGGCGACCACGUUACGGACACGGCCGGUACCGGGCUUGUGCACACGGCACCGGGCCAUGGUCAGGACGAUUACUUCCUCUGUCUUAGCCACAACAUUCUGCCGUACUCUCCGGUCAACGAGUACGGUAAGUACACCGCAGAGCUUCCCGACAACGAUCUACAGGAGUUUGUUGGUCUGCGUGUUCUGGGCGAAGGAACAGACAAAAUGCUUGCCAAACUGGACAGUCUAAGCAUGUGCUACCACGUUGACGGGAACUACAUCCAUUCGUAUCCGUACGACUGGCGGUCGAAAAAACCGAUCAUUAUCCGGUCGACCCCGCAAUGGUUUAUUGACGUGGCCAAGAUCAAGGCCACCACGACGGGUCUGCUCGAGACACAGACGGAGUUUGUGCCGUCCAAGGGCUCGAAACGGCUGAUUUCGUUUAUCCACCACCGCAAUGAGUGGUGCAUUUCGCGGCAGCGCAGCUGGGGCGUUCCAAUCCCCGUGGUGUACCACAAGACGACGGGCGAGCCGCUGAUCAACGAUCUGGUGAUCGACCGCAUUUCCGAGGUGAUUGCCAACGAGGACGUGGAGAGCUGGUUUACUGGGGGCUCGAUGGCCAAGUGGAUUCCGGCCGAGUGCGGCGUGGACGCGGAAGACUACGUGUGCGGCACUGACACCAUGGACGUGUGGUUCGACUCGGGCACCAGCUGGACGCUCGUGGAGCAGUUUCUGGACUCGCACGGCUUGCUACCAGACGCGACUGCACGUGGGUAUCUUGCAGACGUGUAUCUCGAAGGGUCUGACCAGCACCGCGGAUGGUUCCAGUCGAGCGUGCUGACCAAGAUCGGCGGCACUGCUGCCCACGAACGGCCCGUCAUGCCGUACAGCAAGAUCAUCACCCACGGGUUCACUCUGGACGAGCAGGGCGACAAGAUGUCCAAAUCUCUUGGCAACACGAUCGUUCCGGGCGACAUCAUUGCGGGCAACAAGCAGAAACAGGUGCCUUCUCUGGGGAUCGACGGACUGCGGCUGUGGGUGUCGCAGGCGGACUACUCGUCGGACAUUGCAGUGGGGCCUGUUAUUUUGAACCGGGUGGCCGAUAUCGUGAAGAAACUGCGGUUCACGUUCCGGUUUCUACUGGGCAACAUCAGCGACCUUGAGCAGUCCGUCUCGUACGCCCAGCUCGACGCCAUGGACCGCUACAUUCUGUCCAAGCUGCACACGUUUGAGCGCAACACCCGACACCACUACAAAACACACAACUACUCCAAGGUGGUCAAGGACAUGAACCAGCUGGUCAAUUCGGACCUGUCGUCGCUGUACUUUGACAUCCGCAAGGACUGUCUUUACACGGACGCGGCAGACUGUUUGAAGCGGCGCAGCACGCAGACGGUGUUUGUGGAGAUUCUGCGUGUGUUGACGAGUGUUCUGAGUCCGAUUGUUCCUGUGAUGAUCCAGGAGGUGUGGAACCACGCUCCUGAGCUGGUGACUCGGUCUACCGAGUCGCCGUUCCGGGCGGGCUGGUACGCUGUGCCGGACGAGUACAAAGACACGGCUCUGGAGCACGAGAUGGAGCAGCUGGUCAAGUUCAGCCACCAGAUCAAAACCAGCAUCGACAAGGCUCUGCGUUCGUCGGAGUCCAUGAAGAUGGCCGCCGAGGCGUGUGUCACGGUGCAAUUGGACCCGGCCUCCGAGCAGUACGGUGUUCUGGCCAAAUACGAGCCGUUCAUGACAGAAUACUUGAUGGUCUCGCAAUUCACGCUGCAACCUGCUCCCGGCCACAAGACCGCCAUCGAUGUGGCCAGAACAGCCCUGCACAAAUGUCCGCGGUGUUGGCGGUUUGUGGUGGACCACCAAGACGCGCUGUGCAACAGAUGCACCGCCGUGGUGGCAUGUAGAUAG